ACUAACCAUGGAGGCAAUCACAAAAGUGGUGGAGAAUGAUUUCAUGACGUCGAUAUAAAGUGACAAAUAUCAAUCAAUCAAAUUACAACGAAAAUGCCUAUAAAAGCAGUUUGUAUUUUAACCGGUGACAUCGUAAAAGGAACCCUUUAUUUCGAGCAAGAGGAUGAAAGUUCACCGGUGAUAAUCACCGGAGAAGUUAGUGGUUUAGGAAAAGGUCUUCACGGUUUCCACGUUCAUCAAUUCGGCGAUAACACGAAUGGUUGCAUCUCCGCUGGGGCUCAUUUCGAUCCUUAUGGAAAAGAGCAUGGAGCCCCAGACGUUUCAGACCGUCAUGUCGGUGAUUUAGGUAAUAUCGAAGCCGAUGAUUCUGGAAUGGCCAAAGUAAAUAUUAUUGAUAACGUGAUUUCGUUAUUUGGGGCUAAUAACAUUAUCGGACGAAGUUUGGUGGUUCAUGCCGAUCCUGAUGAUUUAGGAAUGGGGGGACACGAACUUAGCAAAACAACAGGUAAUGCUGGAGCGAGAGUAGCUUGUGGUGUUGUGGGAAUUGCUAAACUUGCGUAAAAUGUAACAAAUUGUUUUUAUAAAACUGGAUAAAAUUCAGACAUGAAUUGUUUAAAAAAUAUUUAAAACAAUACGUGUUAGUAAUUCGGCGUUAAAGUCUAGUAUUAUUGUAGGAUAAAUCAAAAUAAAAAUAUUGAAACAAU